GACAUUAUUGUAUUGUUUCAGUACCUACCACACCAAAGAUAGUAGAAUUGAAAGAAAUUUCGAGGAGGCAGGCGGAUAAACGAAAAUUAUUAUGUAAGGUAAAAGGUUUCCCAGUACCGAAGAUUGUGUGGAGGCGGAAAGGGCAAGCACUAAGUCAAAACCGAUAUCUACGCAUCCAGUACAGAAGGUAAUUUUUAGGAAACAGAGCAGACUGACGAUAAAGAAGGUGGAUGCAGACCACAUAGGGCAAUAUGAAUGCGUAGCGCAAGCUGCAAAUGGGCGGACAGCGUCCAGAACCAUCUCAGUAUCUACAUCCACUUAUCCCAGUGGAAAAGAAUGUCAAGGACCUAUGAGGACAAAUUUUUGUUCGAAUGGAGGAACUUGCCAUGCGGAAGUAACAAUGGGUGAAUAUUAUUGUAUUUGUGCUCCAGGAUACAGUGGAGAGAAGUGUGACAUAAAAGAGCCUAGCCACUCUAAAUUCUUGUUGGCAGACAAAAUUGAGUAA